GAAGAGCUAAGUGUAAUUGAAAAAAAACAUAGGAAUGAGUAUGAAGACGUUGAGCAAAAACACCAAUCUAACAGUCUGGAAAUGCUCAAAAUUCAGAAUGAGGUUACGCUGUUGAAAGAAGAGCGUAGGCUACUGGAGGGAAAACACAAGAGCGAGUACAAGGCUCUUGAGCAAAAACACCAAUAUGACCUUUUGGAAAUGCUCAAAGUUGAGAAUGAGCUCAAGGUGUGCAAGGAUGCUCUUGUUGAGUUGAAGCAGGAACAAAAGCUGCUUGAGGAAAAACACAAGAACGACUAUAAAGCACUUGAGCAAAAAUACCAAUCUCACCUUCUGGAAGUUGAGAAUGAGUUGAAGCACUGCAAGGCCGAGCUCAAGGGAUUAAAGGAAGAGAAAAAUAUCUCAAAUGAGAAGUAUGAGAAGCUUCUGGAGGAGGUGAAUGAACACAGGAAAGAUGAGGAUGAAUUGGGCAAUUUCGAGUCCCAAAAGAACAAGGAGGACGCAAUCUCUCGGGUAAGGAAGAUUAUGAAUGCAAAGCUUCUUGCAUUACAAAACAUGGCUAAGAUAAGCAAAAAUAAUGGAGUGACUGAUGGUAGUAGAAAUCAGAAUUGUAUUGAAAUCCCCAAGCAUGUCAUAGAUGUAGAGGAUUUGUGUGAUUCUGUGCCACCGAAUGUUUCUCCUAGACGAAAUGCUGUUGGAAAUUCAGGUACUUCUAAAUCUUCAUAUGUGGAGGCCAUUCUUCUAAGUGAUAGCGAUGAUGAUUGUGCUCCUGAGGAACCGGAAUCUUUUGGGCUCAAAAGAAAACGAACUUCAUCUCUAAAUGCUAGUGAUAAUAACUAUUGUGGUCACCAUCUUGAAGAAGAGAGUUUUCCAACUGCUGAGAAUAAACUACGUCGGAUGCUGGGCCGCUGUGGCUUUGUGGUUAGUGACUAUCGAAGACAAAAUAACCCAUCAAGUUGUGACCACGAGAUCUCAAAACAGAGGUCAUCUAUUGAGUCUCCUGCAAAGGUGAAUGGCGAGUCUGAUUCCAGUUCUGCAAGUAUUUUCAGUUCUGAUGAUUCUGAUGAUGAUGGUGACAUCAAUCUUGUAUCAACACUAAUGUCCAUAACAAACCGACCAUGAGAGAUGGCUUCAUGGGAUCGGAACUGCUUUGGUUCAGUGUCCUAGAGCUCGGGGGCCAACAACACAGGGUAAAAGAUUUGUCAAGGAGUUGUAGCUUGAUGAUGACGAAAACGUUCUUUGUGACUGCAAGUACUCAACUAUUCUUUUGAAGAUUUUCUCAGGGAAGUGAUCCUGCUUUCCAAGUGCUUUCGCUCUGUGAAGCAAUCUCUGAUCAUGGAGUAUAACACGGGUAAUCAAAUUGCAAAUGAUAUUUUUGAAACUCUGCAAAGGCUGCAGUUUCUGAACUACUUGCGGAGUUUUAUGUAUAGAGUUGAAUGUAUUGAUGUACAGAAGUAGACUGAUUCCUCCUAACUAGACUUGGUCAAAUUACUUUA